AUGCCUCCAGUCAAACAAGUGUAUAGCCAACAACAACAGCCCUCGAAUUGGGACAAGUUCAAAAUGGGUCUUAUGAUGGGUACCUCUGUAGGUGUCUGCACCGGGAUUUUGUUUGGUGGGUUUGCCAUUUUGACUCAGGGACCUGGCCCCAACGGCUACAUAAGAACUCUUGGUCAGUACAUCGCCGGUUCAGCGGCCACUUUCGGUUUAUUUAUGAGCAUUGGGUCUAUCAUCCGCAGUGAACAACAAUCUUCACCACAUAUGAUUAACACAUCAAGCCCGCUUUCGUUGCAACAAAGAGCUUCCUUCCAGGCGUGGAGAGCAAGAGAAAGUUACGGAUUAUACAGAAACGAAUUGAGAAAGCUCUGA